AUGGACCUUCCACCUCCAGUUACCAAGAAAGCAUACAACCAGCACAUGAAAAAAAUUCAAAAGUCAUCUAUCAACAAUGCUGAGCAAUUGAUGUGCGAUGCAGCUGAAAGGCUUACUAAUUUGGUCUCCAGUGAGGAGGAGGACUGUGUGGUUGAGAUCAAUGGCCAAAAAGCCACUAAAGUUGCUGUUUCCAUGGAUGGAACUUGGCAAAAAAGAGGGCUCAGCUCUAAGAUUGGUGUAGUUUUUGCUGUGUCAGUAAGAAAAGGAGAAGUCCUUGACUAUGAGGUGAAAUCACUCAUUUGUAAAGAAUGCUCAUUGCAUAAACAAUCACCCGAUUAUCUAGCUUGGAAAGAGUCCCACAGGAGGCAUUGUGAAGUAAAUCAUCAAGGUUCCUCUGAAGAAAUGGAGUCUUUAGGGGCCAUAGACAUAUUUUCUCGCAGCAUUGAGAAACGAAAGGUAAUGUAUUCAACCUUUGUCAAUGAUGGCGACAGUAGCUGUUUCGGCAAAGUCAAAGCAAAAAUGGAAGAACUCUAUGGUGAAAGCUAUCCAGUUGUUAAAGAGGAGUGAGUGGGACAUGUCCAAAACAGACUGGACACAGCCCUUAGGACCUACAAGAAAAAUAUGAAGGGGCAAUGUCAUUGACAAGAUGCAGAAAUAUUAUGGCAGAGCCAUAAGAGAAAACUCAGGGGAUUUGCACAAAAUGAAAACAAGGAUCUGGGCGAUUGUCUACCAGAUGAUUAAAGAUGAGUCCUCAUCACUUGAAGAGCAGCACAAGCUAUGCCCAAAAGGUGAAGACACAUGGUGCAAAUUUUGGAAGGACCGAACGUCAUACAAAGAAGACAACCGCCUUCCCAGUGUUUUUAUUGAAGAACUUAAACCUAUUUUCAUUAGGCUUACUAAUGAUGACUUGUUAAAAAGAUGUUUACAGGGACAAACUCGAAACAGGAAUUAGAGUGUCAAUGGAUAGUUGUGGUCAAGGUGCCCUAAAAGCAAAUACUGUGGAAAGCGACGUGUGAUUAUAGCUGUGUGUGAGACUGUGGGAGUGUUCAAUACAGGGGCAGCUAGCAAGGCAAAUCUGAUGAAGUCAUGUGGAAUCUCUCCUGGCCUAAAUAUGCUGAAAGCUUUAAGAAAAGAGGAUGAAGAAAGAAUUAUGUCUGCGGCUCACAAGCUCAGCUCUAAGUACCGAAAGAGAAGGCAGGAAAUCAGGUCCAAGCGAAAAUCAGAGGCUGACAAGCUGUCCUAUCAAGCUGGGGCAUUUGGCACUAGCUCUAAACCAGAGGCAGAUGGAAAAGGAAAAGGGAAGAAAAAGCAACCCAGAAAACAGGCAAAGACAGUUUCUUUACCUCCUGAGCCCGCAACAAGGGGAAUGGAAAUUACCAGGUAUGUUUGUGGCCCCAGAAUUAGAGUUUGUUGCUGCCCCCAGGAAAAGAUCAGAAGUGCCUGA